CUUUCCCCUCUGCCUGGAGGAUGCUUUUUCUCGAUGGCAUCUGAUGAAUUCUCAACUGGGAAACAGUAACAGGUCUGCCGAACAUCUCAUCUCCCAUGUCACCGGGACGUCUCCAUGGCGAUGUUUAGCAGUGCAGAGCGGGUCUGGAACGAAACGGACCGCCUGUGGUGGGACUCGGAGAGGAACGAGAGCUCAGAGGCGUCAGAGCAGGAUGAGCGUAACUACUACGCCAUGCUCUACUCCCUGCUCAUCCUGGCCAUCGUGUUUGGAAACGUACUGGUGUGUAUAGCCGUGGUGAGGGAGCGCUCCCUGCAGACCACCACCAACUACCUGGUGGUCAGCCUGGCUGUGGCCGACCUGCUGGUGGCCUCGCUGGUGAUGCCCUGGGCCGUAUACCUGGAGGUGGUCGGCGGGGCCUGGCUCUUCAGCCGGCUCUACUGUAACGUCUUUGUCACGCUGGAUGUGAUGAUGUGCACCGCCAGUAUCCUCAACCUGUGUGCUAUCAGCAUUGACAGGUACACAGCCGUGGUGAUGCCCGUCCUGUACAACAUCACGUAUCGCUCCAAGAAGAGAGUGUCUGUGAUGAUUGGCACCGUGUGGGUCCUGGCCUUCACCGUCUCCUGCCCGCUGCUGUUUGGUUUCAACACCACAGAUGACCCGCUGGUGUGCUCCAUCUCCAACCCUGACUUUGUGAUCUACUCCUCGGUGGUGUCCUUCUACCUGCCGUUCAUCGUCACUCUGCUCGUCUACAUCCGCAUCUACGUCUUCCUCCGGAUGAGGAGGAAGAGGAUAAUCUUCCGUCAGGCCAGCCGUAAAGUGCAGCCGGGCUCCACUGCACCGUCUGUGGAGACCUGUCUACAAGAGGAGACUCCCAAGGCAAAGCAGGACCUGUCCCCUAUAAGGAUCAAAGUGCAGGGCGUAGAGCCUUCAAGUCCCUCCAAGCCCAACCUGUUGUCAGAGUGUUUGUGGCGCAAGCGUCCGAAGACGAACCCCGUGGACUCCGGUCUGCCUCCGGUGGACACGCAGAACAGCCUCAGCCACGCCUCCUGCGGUCGCACCGAGAUGGAGCCGGAGAGAGGGGAGGAGGAGGACGACCAGAACGACCGGCCUGCCGUCAGGAGGAACUGCGAGGUGAAGGAUCUGUCAAACGGACGAACGCACACGACAGUACGGUGGACGGCUCAAUCACAAAUCAACAGUUCAAGAUUCAGGAGCAUGCACGCACGUGAGAAAAAGGCCACUCAGAUGCUGGCCAUCGUGCUGGGGGUGUUUCUCAUCUGCUGGCUGCCCUUCUUUGUGACUCACAUAGUGAACACCCACUGCAGGACAUGCUACGUGCCUCCUGGGCUUUACAGCGCUUUCACCUGGCUGGGUUACGUCAACAGUGCCCUCAACCCUAUUAUCUACACCACCUUCAACAUCGAGUUCAGACGGGCUUUUAUCAAGAUUCUCAGCUGCUGAGCGACAGGAUAUUAAAAAAUUGAUAUUACUAAGUGUGGUGCACUUACUGAAAC